AUGUCGAAAACCGCCUCCAUUGCCCUCGUCGCUGCCCUCGGCGCUGGAAGUGGCGCCGCUCUCACCGCAACCAUGUACUCUCUCCGCUCGUCCAAGCAGCCCGAGGCCACCCUCCAUGUCCCGACACACCUGGCCGCCGCGCCGACUGUGCCUGUGCCCGCCUCGCAAAUCUUCACCAACCCACCACCACCACCACCACCCGCCGCCGCCGCGGGGCCACACGCGAACCUCCCCGUCCUCAAGCCUGUCGACCCCGCCGGCUGGUUCGAGUAUGGCUUCCCCGGCCCCCACGCCGACAUAUCCUCGCGCGCCUCCCUCGUGAGCGCCUACGACCGCCGCACACGCAACCCCCACUGGGUCGUCGAGCACAUCACGCCGGCCUCGCUCGCCGCCCGCGACGCCGACCGCAAGCACUCGGUCUUCCUCGAGGACCCCCAGGUGCCCGGCAAGUUCCAGGCCAAGCUCAAGGACUACUUCCGCUCGGGCUACGACCGCGGCCACCAGGUCCCCGCCGCCGACGCAAAGUGGUCCCAGGCGGCCAUGGACGACACGUUCUACCUCACCAACAUGUGCCCCCAGGUCGGCGACGGCUUCAACCGCGACUACUGGGCCCACUUUGAGGACUUCUGCCGCCGCCUCACCCAGCGCUACCCCAGCGUCCGCGUCGCCACGGGGCCCCUCUACCUGCCCAAGCGCGACCCCGUCGACGGCAAGUGGUACACGCGCUACGAGGUCAUCGGCAGCCCCCCGAGCGUCGCCGUCCCCACCCACUUUUACAAGGUCAUCCUCGCCGAGGACGGCAGGCCCGGCGGCAACGUCGCCGUCGGCGCCUUUGUCCUGCCCAACGCCCCCAUCCCCAACGACAAGCCCCUCGCCGACUUUGAGAUGCCCCUCGAGGCCGUCGAGCGCGCCACCGGCCUCGAGUUCGCUCCCAAGCUGCCCGUCCAGCGCCGCAGGCGCCUGUGCGCCGACGCCAGCUGCGCCAUUGUCGUCAAGGACUACAGCGACAGGCAGAAGCAGCUCGGCGGCAAGGGAGCGCCGCGGUCGUAG